UCCAAAAUCACCAGUGAAAACAGGGGAUAGCCUUUAGUAACGUGGCAACACUAUCAACGUUUUUAGUUUGAUGUCACUAUCAAAGGGGAUUUCCGUCGUAGAGCCUAUCUGUUUUUAUGAGGAAACGUGUAUUUUUGUUAACUUUAUAAAAUCAAUGAAAGUGAUCUUUCUACCCUUUUAGUAUAUGAUGCAAAAAUUUAAUAAAUGUAUGGUAAAUGAAAUAACUUAUAAUCGGCCAAAUAUACUUUGAUUUCAUUUAAAAUAAGAAGAAGAAGAAGUCGACCCAAGUUUGUAUUCAUAAAAGUUUUACUUUUCAUUUGUGUUGAAAAUUCAAUUGAUAAGUUGGUUAAGUAAGGUUUGCGUGCAGUUCUCGAAAUAUGAAAAAGGUAAUAUUGACAAAGAGCAAUAGUAAGAGCAGUGCAUUAAAAAUAACCAGCCCUGAUAACGUGAAAUCGAAGUUAGCUUAUGCGGAAUUAUUUCGUGCGGUUCUGCAAAUACCCGAGAAAGAUGUACAAAACCGUAUUUUGGAUGCAGUCAAUGGGCGGCCGUCGACCGCGCAGAUAGUGCACGCGCUUUGCCCAAACUGUAAACAGUCAUUUGGUAAUUUUUCUGACACACAAUUAUUGCAUAAGGAAGUAGCCACACAAACAGACGUAAAUGGAAUCAUUCCUUGUGCAACAAAUACAACGCCAAAUGGCGUAAAUUCAAACACAAAUAGCGAUGAUAGUCGGGAUCGAAUUUCGCCAGCGUUACAAAAAUAUCUAAUUACUUCAACACCAAACGUAACGCCAACACAACAGGAUUCAAAAAUAGAUAAAUCUCCAGUGAAAAGAAAACGAAAACGGAAAGUGUGCCUGCCACAAGUGGUAAAACGAUCGCACGCUCAGUUGGCACACAUGCAACUGCAGCCUAAACUGAAAUCCAGAAAAGUAGACAACCUUAAAAUUACGAACAUGGAUCAUUUGCAAUCAGAUGAGUUAAGUGAAAUAAACUUAUUUGACCGUCGUUACUCCAUUAGUUCCAUUACUUCGGACAUGUUAUUCGACUUAUUGAAUACACCAGACGAACGAUCAAAAGAAGAGCAUAUUAUGCGCACAAUGGCAGAAGAAUAUCUGAAUGUGGAUAAACGAACAGAUGGAUUGCUUACUAUACACCACACCAUUAUUGCGAAUGACUUAUUUGGAUUACGUAGACAAAUUUUUGUUUGGAAAAAAUUGAGAAAAGUGUUGGAUCUAAACCACUUGCUAACCGACGAAGAUGAAAAUUGCCUGCAACUUGCAAUCAUUCAAGAUUGUUUCCCAAAAAUAAUAGAUGUUCUGCUGAAUGAAGGUUUAAACGCCAACGAGAUCGACGAUCACUCCAAUUCCUGUGUUCAUUUAGCAAUACUCAAUGAAAUUGAAACCGAAUCAUUACGUUUACUCAUGCAAAAAAUAGAUCCAAAAAUAUUGCUCCAGCUAAACGAUGACGGUUAUACUCCCUUGCAUAUUGCAGUACGUACCAAUAGUUACCUACGUGCAGAAAUAAUGUUAAAUACACUAGAUGAACGUCUCCGAACAAACCCUUUAUUCCAUCGGAAUGUGCAAUCAUCAACAGAAACUGAUUUUAGUAAAUACUAUGAGGAUAUUUGCAAAACAUUAGAACAAAAAUAUGGUAAUAUGUCACGAAAUGCACAGCCAAAGUUGAAGAAAAAGUUUUUGGAGACAGGUGAUCGAAAAAGUGGAAGUACAGCUCUGUUUUUCGCAAUAGAAAAUAAAUUAGAGCAUUUUGUCUUCUUCCUGCUUGCUCAUCUUACUGAUCCGCGCGUUUUAAACUUUAGUGGUCAGGAUGCAAAGUCUUAUUAUUCGGAAUUCGGGAAGAUGCUUCAAUUGAGUUUGAAAGUUGACAGCGCUAUUGAAAAUGUUGUGACUUUGCUUGGUUAAGUAGAAGAUUGUACAUAUAAACACGGAAAAGACGGAAAAAUUUAAAAUUUAAAUAAAAAUUAAAAUAAAAAAAAUGUAAUA